UAAAAACUUUUUUGUUUUCAACAUAAAUAAUUUUACAAAAUGAACUAUUUUAUUCAAUUUAUGUUCUUUUUUCCUCGGUUUCUCCUCAUCUCUAGUAAGUUAAAGUUCACCGAUCUUAACUAGACCGCCGCGUACACGAUCUUUGAUACCAGUCCGGUGCGCACUGCGCAUUAUCCACCGAUAACGACCGCCACCACCCUCCCUCUCUCCACUCUCCACUAUAUAUAUAGCCACCUCAGCUCAGCUCAGCUCAGCUCAGCUCCCUUGUGCCCUUCGGCUCUGUCUUUCUCUCUCUCUGAUUCUUGGUUUUAAUCUUCAUUCAUUAUCAUUUUCAUGCUCUAAUUUCUAGGGUUUUACUUCCUUUCUUUUAAUCAAGAAACCCUAACCAUGGCCGAUUGGCAACAGCUGAUUCAAUCAAUCGUUAUUGGACUCAUUUUCUCUUACCUUCUCGCCAAGCUCAUCUCCAUAGUAACGUCUUUCAAGGAAGAGAAUCUCACACUCACUCGGAGUCACACCCAGGACGAUCAACUUCUUCCCGAGUCCGAAUCCGGACGGGAGACUGACGGAGAAUCUGUUCGCCCUCCUGCUGUGGGUUCUGGAGAUUUGGGCGGGUCACACGAUGUUGAUUCUGUGAUUGCGGAGCACGGUAGUGUUAGGAAUGAAAGCGUAGCUGGUAGUGACGAGUUUGAUGAUGAAGAUGAGGAUUCGGACGAUGAUGAUUGGGAGGGAGUGGAGAGUACGGAAUUGGAUGAGAUGUUUAGUGCUGCUACGGCUUUUGUGGCGGCCGCGGCGGCUGAUCGACUAUCGACGAAGAAAGUCUCUAAUGAUGUGCAAUUGCAGCUUUAUGGACUCUACAAGAUUGCUACUGAGGGUCCCUGUAGUGCGCCUCAGCCAUCGGCAAUUAAAAUGACUGCUCGCGCCAAAUGGCAAGCAUGGCAGAAACUGGGUGCUAUGCCACCAGAAGAAGCAAUGCAAACAUACAUUGAUAUUGUUAGUGCACUGUAUCCUACAUGGCUGGCAGGUGCAAGUAUGAAGAGCAGGGGUGGAGAUACUGGUGGACCUAGUAAUGAUUCCAGAGGGCCAAUGGGACCAGUUUUCAGCACCUUUGUUUACGAGGAGGAAUCUGCAAAUGAUUUCAAGAUGGAUGCUAUUCAUGGUUUCGCCAGAGAAGGAGAAGUGGACAAUUUGCUCAAAAGCAUUGAAAGUGGUGUACCAGUGAAUCUGAAGGAUAGCGAGGGUCGAACUCCAUUACACUGGGCUGUAGAUCGUGGUCACCUUAACAUGUCAGAGCUCCUUGUCAGUAAGAAUGCUGAUAUCAAUGCACAGGACAAUGAAGGACAGACCCCAUUGCAUUACGCGACAAUGUGUGAGAGAGAAGCCAUUGCUGAAUAUCUUGUGAAGCAAAAUGCAGACAUCAAUGUAAAAGACAACGACGGCAACUCCCCAUAUGAUCUUUGCGAAUCAAACUGGCCUUGGAUGCAACACUCGAAGGAGUAGUAGUAUUCAGUUAUAUAAAAGAAAAAUUCUGGUUGUAUAUGGCCAUGUACAAGAACAGCCAACCCUUUAAUCUCAUGAUAUUAUACUAAUUUAGAGCCUUAAGUUUUUUCUUUUUCUCUUUUCUAAAAAAGGAAGGAUAAGGUUCCACUGGUUCAAUAGUAGCAAAACAAAUAUGUUCUUUCAUUUUCUUUGGCAUUUGCAAUAGAAUUGACACGUGUCUUUUCCUCAACUGCUCAACUUGACAUACUUGCUCUUAUCAAAAGAGUACUUGGUCCCUACUCUGUAGUUAAAUGCUCAAAUUUGUUGAACCACCAUGUAAUUGUGCUCUCUGUUUUAGUGUGUUUUUGUUUCUGUAAAGAUUUUCGUUUGUAAUAAAAUGGUAGUUUAUGUGUGGAAA